AUGGCCCAUAAGGAUGGAAACGAGUCAGACGGUGAUGAAUCUCGAGGUCAGAUGGUUCAACAUGAAUCAGCAUCAGCAGAGGAAGUAAGGAUGUUGAGACAACAAAUGGCUGACAUGUACCAGGCUUGGAUGAAUGGGCAAGCUCUACCAUCUUCAAUCCUUGGAUUCCCGGAUGUGACUAUGUCAAUUCCCAUUGAAACCCCGACAAGUGAUCCACUUUUUCCUCCUGGAUUUGGUCCACAUGUUAACAUAUCCAACACUCCUGGAACUUCCACUGUGCACCCUUCAAAUGCACCCCUCAGAAAUAACCCACUUUUCAUCCCCACUGUACAAACUACUACAAUCCCUCAACCAACAUUGGUACGGAAGUCCAAUAAUGAGCCUCCAUCUAAAGGUCACCACGAUCAAUAUUAUUCUCCGGAAUUGACCUUUAAAGUCCCAGACUCGUAUAACCCCUUUCAGCAGUAUAGUUCCCCCGUCGAGAUCGAGAAAACUGCUAAGAAUGAGGGACAAGAAGAAAUGGCUAGAAAAAUGAAGAGUCUAGAACUGAGUGUGAGGAAUAUGCAAGGAUUAGGAGGUCCAAAAAGCGUCUCAUUCAGAGAUUUGUGCAUGUUCCCCAAUGUUCAUUUGCCCCUUGGUUUUAAGACUCCAAAGUUUGAGAAGUAUGAUGGUCACGGCGACCCCGUAGCACACUUGAAGAAGUAUUAUAACCAACUAAGAGGGGCAGGGAAUAAGGAAGAAUUACUCAUGGCAUAUUUUGGGGAAAGUCUAGUGGGAAUUGCCUCAGAAUGGUUCAUCGAUCAAGAUAUUUCUAAUUGGCCUACAUGGGAUGACAUGGCAGGAGAUUUUGUUCGACAAUUUCUAUAUAACAUUGAUAUUGUGCCUGAUCGCACUUCUCUCGCCAGUAUGAAGAAAAAGCCUACCGAGAGUUUUAGAGAAUAUGCUAUCAGGUGGAGGGAACAAGCUGCCAGGGUCAAACCGCCGAUGAAGGAGUCGGAAAUGAUUGAUGUUUUCCUCCAGGCACAAGAACCUGAUUACUUCCACUAUUUGCUUUCCACAGUGGGAAAGACAUUCGCAGAAGCAAUUAAAGUUGGGGAAAUGGUUGAAAAUGGCAUCAAGUCCGGCAAAAUUGUGAGUCAGGUAGCACUCAAGGCUACCACCCAAGCAAUUCAAAAUGGGUCUGGUGGUUUUGGAAAUCGAAAAAAGAAAGAGGAAGGAUCCAUGAUGGCAUCAGGGUCCAAUGCUGCUAAAAGGGGGACAAACCACCAAAUCUUACGAGGACAAUCCAACUCACCUCAACAUUUUUAUCCGCAUCAGGAUCCCCACUACUCAAUUGUUCCACCCCAAUAUACAGUUUUCAACACCCAGGCAUAUGCCCGACCUCCUCAACGCCAACAAUGGAGGGCGCCUGCUCCACAAGGCUUUCGUCCCCAACAACAAAAUCUUCAAGCACCUUAUAAUCCACGCCCUAAGACUGAUUAUGUAAGAGAACAAAGACAGAGGGAAAAUUUCACCCCAAUUGGAGAAUCAUACACAAGCCUGUUGCGGAAAUUGAUUCAAUUGGGUUUGAUUGAACCUAUCAUGUCGUAUAAUGUCAACCCAAAUGCAAGAGGUUUUGACCCCACUGUCAGGUGCGAGUAUCAUUCUAACGCUCAGGGUCAUAGCACAGAAAAUUGUUUUACUUUGAAGAGAGCCAUUGAGAAGCUAAUUGAUGACAAAGCAAUUGUAAUACAUGACGAAGAGGCUCUGAAUGUCACCAACAACUCACUUCCUGCUCACAACAAUGCUCAUGUUGUUGGGAUGAUCUGUGACGAUAAGGAAUACAAGCAAACAGGCAAAACAAUAAUGGAAAUUGACACCUUAAAAGAAGGGUUGGGUAUGGUGACAAAUUCUGCACAAGAAGCACCGUUGUGUGUAAAAGGUGCAAGUUCUAAUGCGAAUCUCAAAGGCUCGGGGAAGUUGAUAUUGUAUGUUCUUGGAGCCACAAAGAAAAAAGAGACAUUAGUAACUGGACCAAAAUUAUAUGUUCCUAGUGGUUUUCCUAGGUUUGGUCAAAACCAGAAUGGUUUAGGAAAGAUGACAGAACCAAUUGUGAUAAAGCACACGACACAAAUUCCAAUGACAAACAUGAAAACUGUCCCAUGGAACUACAACAAAACCACUGUGACUUACAAAGGCAAGGAGAUUGUUGAAGAAAUAGAUGAAACUGGUGGCUUAACGCGUUCUGGAAGGUGUUAUGAUCCAGAAGAAUUAAGGAGAGCCAGACAAGCCAGGGAUAGCCAAUUUCCGGUGAAAAAACCUAUCACUGAAGAAGAAGCUGAAGAGUUCAUGAAGAAGAUGAAAGUUCAGGAUUACUCUAUUGUUGAUCAGUUGAGAAAAACUCCUGCUCAGAUUUCAUUGCUAUCUUUGCUCAUACAUUCUAAAGAGCACUGUCAAGAAUUGAUUAGAAUUCUGAAUGAGGCACAUGUUUCAGAAAAAACAACUGUAAGUCACCUGGAAAAGAUGGCCAAUAGAAUAUUUGAGGUGAAUAGAAUCACUUUCACCGACGAUGAGUUGUCUGUGGAAGGAGCUGGACAUAAUAAGGCUUUGCAUUUAACUGUCAAAUGUGAAGAACAUUAUGUGAAAAGAGUCAUGAUUGAUGGAGGCUCGGGUGUGGACAUCUGCCCCCUCUCUACUUUGCAAAGUUUGAAAAUCAGCACAGAUAGAAUUCGUACUAACAAUGUGUGUGUUCGAGCUUUCGAUGGCGCAAAAAGAGACACUAUUGGUGAGAUUGAUCUUACUUUAAAAAUUGGACCUGUUGAUUUUGGGAUCACAUUCCAAGUUAUAGACAUGGACACUUCCUACAACUUGCUUUUAGGAAGGCCAUGGAUCCAUGCAGCCAGAGCGGUGCCAUCUACUUUACACCAAGUGGUCAAGUUUGAAUAUGAGAAACAAGAAAUUAUUGUUCACGGUGAAGAUGAUCUUUCAAUAUAUAGAGACCCUUCUGUCCCAUGUGUCGAGGCCAAGGAAGGUUGUGAAUCCCUCAUAUUUCAGACCUUUGAAAUAGUGGCAGCUGAUCAGUUUAUGGAAGGGAAGUCUAUCUUAGAGCCUCGUCUAUCCUCUACUUCAGUCAUGGUGGCUACACAAAUGUUGCAAAAUGGUUAUGAGCCAGGAAAGGGCUUGGGGGUGUCAUUGCAAGGAAUUGUUGACCCUAUCUCUCCAUUUGGUAAUCAAGAUACUUUUGGUUUGGGUUUUAGGCCAACUAAUGCUGACAGAAAAUGGGCAAAAGAGCAGAAAAAUAAGGUUUGGAAAUUGCCAAAGCCCGUUCCCCACAUUGCCAAGUCUUUUACUAGGUCACGUUUUGAAGAGAGUAAAGACGUGUCUGUCCAAGAUGACGUGGACGAAAUAUGUCAAGGUCUCAAAGAAAUGUUCUAUGGAGUAAACAUGGUUCAGAUUGGUGAAGGCCCUAGUCAUGCAGAUGUGCAACGUAUUGGCCCAGAAGUCAAGCUCGCCAACUGGGAAACUACUCCUCUCCCCACAAAGAAGGAGUCUUGGUAG